GGAGGUGGUACGGAGGUGGGUUUUGGAUGUGCCUAUUGGAGUUUUGCCACCUUCUUCUUCUUCUCCUUCUUCUUCUUCUUCUUCUUCUCCUCCUCCUGCCGCCGCUUUCACCACACCCACGGCGACGGCAACAGGCAAGGGAAAAGUACCAGUACCACCCCAGCCAUCACCAGAAGUUCACGACCCCCUUCAAGACCAAGCUGAGGCCAUUUUUGCUCUGGGCGGCAACGAGGUUGAGUUGCCAGAAACCAAGACCGAAGACAAGGAUUCACAGUUGUUCACCAUCGCGGAUAACCUGAUCAAGUCACAGCUGGCUAGAAUCGACAUUCCGCUUUUGGGGGUGCUCAACCUAGACGAGAGCGAUAGCGAGGAGAGUUCGGAUGAGGAGGAGUACUUUGAAGAUGAGUAUGAGGACGACUAUGAAGGCGAAGAGUAUGAAGAAGAAGAAGAAGAAGAAGAGGAAGAGAAAGGAAAUGGAGAGGGAGAUGAUGAAGAGGAGAAUGUGGGGUAUGAAUGCUUUGGCCCCGGCGUAUAUGGGAACAUGGGCAAUCUGGGGCCUAAGGUGAAGGUGACUGCUGUUCCUUCUUCAUCUCAACAUCAACAAGAGCAGCAGCAUCAGCAACGUACAAAAGUGGAAGAUGCUGUUGUUAUGUCGCCAGAGGGGAUGGGGUCAGAGGAGGUCCAGUUGGGUACGACGGGGUCAGGAAGCGCGGGGCGGAAGAGAGGUGCGAGCGAGAUUUCGUGAAGCAUGGCGUCUUGUGCUAGCCUCUCUCUUCGG